AUGUUGUCAUCAGCACCCCCACCAUAUCAACUCCCACUCCCUUCCCUAUCCACCACGGUACCGACAACCACCGGCAAAAAUAUCAAUCGACCAAGGGCAGAGGACUAUAUUGAAGAUUCACCACCCCCGGCAGCGGGAACGCCGAGGACAGAAAGGAGAACAUCUCCAAGAUUCAAUAACAAUCCCUCAUCAUCGACUGAUAUUCCCCUCCUUUCCGACGAACCCUCGGCUCUAGUCUGCCCUUUAUGCCCAUCCAGCAAAGCGGAACUGUUCCAGCAUCUAAGGAAAACCCACAGCGGAUACCCCUUCCUCCCCUCAGACUUCCCGGAGAACUCAGUUCAAGUAUGUGCAGCAUGUGGGUCUGUCACCAAACUCGACAGAAAGUCUAUGACGGUCCACCUCAAAACAUGUAGAGGUGCGACAAAGAAAAUGGAGGAACGAAGGGCCGGGGCUGUAAUCGACGAUGCAAGGGGACGACCAAUGUCCAGCUCGGCCCUAAGAGCGUCUAGUAGCGCCCCAUCAAUGGGACCUCCUCCCACACCUACGAAGCCAUCCACACCCUCGCCGCCAAGCCCCUCUAGACCGUCCACUCCCAUAACACUUACUACCCCCUCAAGAUUAUCGACACCCCAGGGAACACCAGCGCUCUCAAGAUCACAGCGUGUGCCAACACCUUCAAGAACGUCAAGCACACCUUCAGGAUCAUCAAGACCUCCUACCCCCUCCAUAACCACGACACCCUCUCGCCCUGCUACACCGCUGCUGCCUCCCUCAACUCCUGAAACUGAACCGACUAACAAGCACAGCUUGGCCGAAUUGUCCUGA